AUGAUGUCCAUGAACAGCAAGCAGCCCCACUUCGCCAUGCACCCCACCCUCCCCGAGCACAAGUACCCGUCGCUGCACUCCAGCUCCGAAGCAAUAAGGAGAGCGUGUCUCCCAACUCCGCCGCUGCAGAGCAACAUCUUCGCCAGCCUGGACGAGACGCUGCUGGCGCGGGCCGAGGCGCUGGCGGCGGUGGACAUCGCGGUGUCGCAGGGCAAGAGCCACCCGUUCAAGCCGGACGCCACCUACCACACCAUGAACAGCGUGCCCUGCACGUCGACGUCCACCGUGCCGCUGGGCCACCACCACCACCAUCACCACCACCACCACCACCAGGCGCUGGAGCCGGGCGACCUGCUGGAGCACAUCACCUCGCCCUCGCUGGCGCUCAUGACCGGCGGCGGGGGGCACGAGGGGGCGGGCGGCGGGGGAGGCGGCGGCGGCGGCGGAGGAGGCGGCGGCGGCGGCGGGGGGCUGAUCUCCACGUCGGCCCACCCCCACCCGCACAUGCACGGCCUGGGCCACCUGGCGCACCCGGCGGCGGCGGCGGCCAUGAACAUGCCGUCGGGGCUGCCGCACCCGGGGCUGGUGGCGGCGCACCACGGCGGGGCGGCGGGGCAGGCGGCGGCGGCGGCGGCGGCGGCGGCGGGGGCGGCGGGGCUGGCCUCGCUGUGCGACUCGGACACGGACCCCCGCGAGCUGGAGGCCUUCGCCGAGCGCUUCAAGCAGCGGCGCAUCAAGCUGGGGGUGACCCAGGCCGACGUGGGCUCGGCGCUGGCCAACCUCAAGAUCCCCGGCGUGGGCUCGCUGAGCCAGAGCACCAUCUGCCGCUUCGAGUCGCUCACCCUGUCGCACAACAACAUGAUCGCCCUCAAGCCCAUCCUGCAGGCCUGGCUGGAGGAGGCCGAGGGCGCCCAGCGCGAGAAGAUGAACAAGCCCGAGCUCUUCAGCGGCGGCGAGAAGAAGCGCAAGCGGACUUCCAUCGCCGCGCCCGAGAAGCGCUCCCUCGAGGCGUACUUCGCCGUCCAGCCCCGGCCCUCCUCCGAGAAGAUCGCCGCCAUCGCCGAGAAGUUGGACCUCAAAAAGAACGUGGUGCGCGUGUGGUUUUGCAACCAGAGACAGAAGCAGAAGCGCAUGAAGUUCUCCGCCACCUACUGA